CUGACGACGUCAGAUCGAAUUUAAGGUAUUGCAAAUUUAAGAUAAAACGCGCGAAACAUGCGAUUGUCAUUAUUUUCUCUCAAAGAGAAAAAGAGAGAAUCUUGAGAAUCUGUAUGACAAUAAAUUGAUACUGACAUUUGCUUUUUAUAGAUCACUACCAGUGCAAAUACACCGUAUCAUAAAAUGAGAUUUGUGAAUGUAUGAUCAAAUCACAUGAUGCGUAAUGACACUAUAAAUAUGUCGUAUUCUUAUCGGAAUGUAAAUGCGUUUACCUCGUUUCUUCUUCAUUAGGAAACUCAAAUGACGAUCUCGAAUUCGUAAGGGUCAGUUCGAUUUUAUCUGGCGUAAUAUGCAAUAACUUACAUCCCACACAUCUUGAGAAAAGAUGUUCUGCACUAAAGAUCCAAAGGCUCUCGACAGCAAAAAGAUCACCGUUUGGCCACAAUGGCUGACCGCUUUUGCAAUCUCUCUAGAAACCAUCGUUUCUGGUCUUGCAAACGGUUGGGCUUCACCAUAUUUAGCGCAAUUAACAUCAGCAGAAGCAGACGUUCCCUUAAAACUGACCGACAUUGAGGCAUCUUGGGUGGCGUCUCUUUUAAGUCUCGGACGUGUAAUCGGGGCACUUCUCGGCGCUUUUUGUCAAGAGUAUGCCGGGCUAAAGAAGGUGCUGCUGUUAUCGAGCCUACCGUUGAUCUCUAGCUGGAUCCUCAACAUUUGCGCCACAUCGAUCACAUGGCUCUAUCUUUCCAGAUUUUGCUCCGGAAUUGGAUCGGGUAUCAUGUGGCCCGCGGUAUCCCUGUAUCUCGGCGAGAUCGCCAAUCCUGCUAUCCGAGGCUCCCUGAUAUCCUUGAACGUGAACGCAGCAUCGAUGGGUAUGCUCCUGGGCAAUGUGAUGGGCCCUUAUCUGUCCAUGGAGAUGUUCAGUUAUGUAAGCCUUGUGCCAAAUAUCCUCUUCAUGGUCCUCUUCAGCCUGAUACCUGAGUCACCCUAUCAUUAUGCUCUUCACGGCGAUAUCAACGAAGCUGAAGCAUCUCUCAAAUGGUUCCGACGAAAAACUGACGUCAAAGCUGAAAUCCAAGAGCUCCAGGACUUUUUCGACGGCGCCAGCACUAGCAUUCUAAUGAAACUCAAGGAUUUCUUAUUACCAGCAAAUUUGAAGAACAUUCUAAUCAUGUUCGGUUUAAACGUCUUCGUCCAAGGGAGCUCGUUCAGCACGAUAAACGCCUACGCAGAGAUCAUCGUCAUCAGUACUAAAGUAAACAUCACUCCGUCGAUUGUGGUAAUGGCGAUGUGUUUCGCCACAGUUAUUGCUGGUUUCAUCACAAUCUUAUUGGUGGACAGAUUCGGCCGGAAAAACCUUCUGAUGCUUUCCAGUGUCGGCGUCACAAUUUCUUUUGCUGUUCUUGGUCUUCACUUUUAUCUUCUCUCUCUGAAUUUCGAACCCGAAAAACUGACAUGGUUACCAAUUACAUCUUUGUUAUCUUUUAAUCUGUUCGUGUCUUGCGGUCUAUCCACUGUGCCUAGUACUCUUUUGGGUGAAAUGUUUCCGGCAAAUCUCAAGAAUCUGGCUUCUCUUUGCGUUUUUUCGAGCAACGCUCUAUUAGCCUUCAUGUUUGUUAAGAGUUACCAGCCUUUCAUCAAUCUGGCUGGAGAAACAAUCGUCUUUUGGAGCUACGGACUUUUUAUACUUGCAGCGGUACCUUACGUGCGAUAUUUAAUCCCUGAAACGACUGGUAAAAGCUUGCUGGAGAUCCAGCAAUCUAUUAAAAAAUAAAGCACGAUUAAGACACGAUUUGCCAAAAA